AGUGUGGAACAUAAACAAAAAAGAACCGCUUGAGUUGUGCGGAUAUUUAUUGAAAUUAAUAUAUAUUAACAUACCCUGAUGGCUAUCUCUUCGGCACGUGAAUCACUCUCGUUGGCGUUAAACAAUCGAUUUCUGCCUAAUCUCGAGUACUUACUGCAAGGCUCUAUUUUAGACACAGCCGUCGAACAUUUGAUGCACAGGUUGAAGGGUCUAUGUGAUAAUGUUGAUACGUCACCAGAGAGAUUUCACGAUCUUGAGGUAUGCAUGAGCCUGAGGCAGCCAACAUCACCACAGCCGCUUUUGUUGCGCGUGCGACGCGCCCUGGGACAAGAUGCUCCAUUUCAGAUGCGCUAUUUAGGUCAGCCCGAAGUGGAUAUGCGUCGACCAACACUAGUUCGCAGCUGCAUGGACUGCGCCUGCACCAAUGGAAUUCUCGAUUUUCUUACCGAAAUGGGCUUUCGCCUCGAGUUCGAGUAUAUAGCAAAAGGAUACAUGUUUCGCAAGGGUCGCAUGAAAAUUACCGUGUCCAAGCUGAUUAAAAUUGUGCCCGGCAAGCAGCAGGACAUGGCGAAUGAGCCCAUCUCACAGAGCUACAUUGUCGAGUUGUCUGUGGUGGCGCCCACGGGUCAGGAGAACGUGGGCGAGGAAAUGCGUGUGUUUGCGGAGCAGCUAAAACCAUUGGUUCAAUUGGAAAAGAUCGACUACAAACGUCUGGGCAAUCUACCAUAAGUCCAUUGGCUCAUACCACUCUCAUACUUUAGUUAUAAAAUGUAGCAUAUUAUUGAAACACAAAAAAAAAGAAGAAAAAUAAAUGCAAAUUGUCAUUUUA